AUGAAGAAACUUGUAUCCAUAACAACAGAUGGAGCUCCUGCAAUGAUUGGGAAUCAAAAUGGAUUUAUUGCAUUUUGUCGGAAAGAUGAACAUUUUCCGAAAUUUUUAUCAUAUCAUUGCAUCAUUCACCAACAUGCAUUAUGUGGGAAAAUGUUAAAUUUCAACUAUGUUAUGGAGACAACAGUUAAAAUUAUUAAUUCCAUCCGAGCCAAGCCCCUACAAAGAAGAUUAUUUCGACUUUUUCUAGAACAAGUCGAUGCAAUCUAUGGCGAUCUACCUUUACAUUGUGACAUAAGAUGGUUAAGCAAGGGAUUAAUUCUCAGUCGUUUCAGAGAAUUAUUAUCAUACAUUAAAGAAUUUUCUAAAGAAAACAACAAGAAUUGGCAUUUUCUUGAAAAUCCUGAUUGGCUAAUAAACUUGGCAUUUUUAACCGAUAUUACCAGCAAACUGAAUGAACUCAAUUUAGAAUUACAGGGAAAGAAUAGAUAUAUUAUCGAUAUGAUCAGUUCAAUAAAUGCUUUCAUAAUAAAGUUGGAAUUAUGGAUAUCUCAAAUCAGAAAAGAAAAUUUUACCCAUUUUCCUAACAUUGAAGAUGAAUUCACAAAACAACUUGUGAAUAAAAAUCAUUAUGUCAAUGAAUUUGCUAUGGUACUAGAAAAAAUAAUGAACGAGUUUAAUAACAGAUUUAGCGAUUUCAAGAAAAUUACUAUAUUAUGCAGUUUCUUUGUUUCUCCGUUCAUGGAUGUAGACAUCGAAAAUAUUUCAGAAGAAUUUAGCAAGAUUUUUGACGUUGAUCGAAGAAAAAGUUGA